AUGAUUACGACGACCAGGCCGAAGGCGAACACAAACACGAAGGUUAAUAAAAAGACGAACACGACAGCGAACGUGCAUACGAAGGCGAUCGAGAAUACGAAUAUGAACACAGAGACGAGAAAGGGGGCGAAUAAGAAGAUGAACACGAAAACGAGCACGAAAAGGAAUAUGAAUAUGAAGACGAAUACAAAGACGAAGACGAAUGCGAAAGUGGGCACGAAGCCGAUCACGAAUGCGAAGACGAAGCUGAGGCAGCUCCAUUCGGAGUAUCGGAGCACUUAUCGCUGGCAUGAGUUCACUGGCAAUUCGCGGCCUGAAGUGGUGCGUCGUGCACCAGCGCCCAAUCCCAGUCAAUUUAUCGGUCCAACGAAUGAGCCACCGUUACCUAGGCGAAAAAAAUGUCCCGAAUUGGCAUACAAGUCGCACGAGUUCAUUAUUGGUUCGGAGUAUACAGAUGCGAGAGGUGGACAUGCCAAUCGGUUAGCAAGGUCUGAAGAACGUGGUGGUACACCAUCACGCCGAAGCAAAUCUGAGGGACCGCCAGUUGUGCCCAAUGGACGUGCAUAUGCCAUACCGGAGGAAGUUGAUGGAACGGCUAAAAAACAGGCGGGUGAGUCAAAUGGCCUAUUCAAAAAGACCAUCUCAAAAUUGAGCACAGAAUAUCGUUUGCAAUUCGUUUGGCCCAAUGUCCGACGAAUAAAGGGCAUUGAGGCCGGCGAUGCGGCGGAUCACCCCAGAAAAUCAAUAUCAAUGGGGGCGCUCAAAGCUAGCCAACAACAACAGCAACAGCAGCAACAACUGCAUCUAAGGCAACACCCACAGGCGGCAAUGCCAACGGUUCAUAAAAAACGUACAACAAAUCAGAAAGAAGCUACACUACAUGAGUUGGAGCCGCUGGUUAGCGAUGCCGAAGAAAGCAAACCACAUGAAAAACAAGUGACCAUUGUGGAGAAGGUCGAACGAAAAACGACUAUACGGCCAUUCUCGCAAGCAUUCGAUCAGGAACGAGCCAAUCACUUUAUCACCAAGAAGGAGAAUUUCGGCUUCGAAGAGGCCAAGGGCAAGGGCGAUGGUGUGGACAAUAAGCAACAGGAGCAGGAGGUGCUGUUAAAUGGCACUGCACCGCCACGUUCGCAACCGAACCUGGAUUUGUGGUUCAAGGAAGUCGUUGAGCUGCGAAAGAAAGCGGGCGAAUACAAAUGCCGUGGUUGGGGUAGAGAAAUCGAUCCAGAACUUUACAAAAAGCAGAAGGAGCUUUGGGAACAGGUUUCCAAGCGCAGUUCGCUGUCCGCCUUAUCGUUAGCAUCUUCCGUGCAUAG